CUUGGAUCAUAUCACCAUGGGAGCUAUUUGGGCCGCAAGGGACUUUUGUUUGUUUUUGCUCUUGUUAAAUAGUCGCCAAAGCACAGCGCUUCCAGAGAUUCGAGAUCCAUGUGCAGAGGGAAGUGAUGGCUGUCACAUUGAUGCUAUUUGUCAGACUACCCAAGGCUCAUACAAGUGCACGUGUAAAGCAGGCUUUAAAGGAGAUGGAAAACACUGCGAAGACACUGAUGAAUGCGACUUGGAGUACAAUGGUGGCUGUGUACAUGAGUGCAACAAUAUACCAGGCAAUUAUCGCUGCACUUGUUAUGACGGAUUCAAUUUGGCGCAUGACGGACAUAACUGCCUAGAUGUGGAUGAAUGCAAGUUCAACAAUGGUGGGUGCCAACACACUUGUGUCAACACCAUGGGCAGCUAUGAGUGCCGCUGCAAAGAGGGCUUCUUCCUCAGCGACAACCAGCACACAUGCAUCCACCGCUCUGUGGAGGGCCUCAACUGUAUGAAUAAGGAGCACGGCUGCGCCCACAUCUGCAAAGAGACACCCAAAGGAGGUGUGGCCUGCGAGUGUCGUCCAGGGUUCGAGCUAGCCAGGAACCAGAGAGGCUGCAUCUUGACUUGUAACCAUGGCAACGGAGGCUGCCAGCACACCUGCGAGGACACGGAGAACGGCCCCAUAUGCAGGUGUCACGUCAGGUACACCCUGCAACCUGACAAGAGGUCGUGUGUAGAACGAGAUGAAGCCACCACCGAGUCUUCCGACCACAACGCCACAUCCUUCACUGAGGUGGACAAACGGGUCAAACGAAGACUGCUUAUGGAGACCUGCGCGGUGAACAAUGGGGGGUGUGACUGCACCUGUAAAGACACAUCCACAGGCGUGCGCUGCAGCUGCCCCAUCGGCUUCACACUGCAGCCGGAUGGAAAAACAUGCAAAGAUAUUGAUGAGUGUGAGCUUCACAACGGCGGUUGCGAUCACUUCUGCAGGAACACCAUCGGCAGCUUCGAGUGCAACUGCAGAAAAGGCUUCAAGCUGCUGACGGAUGAACGUUCUUGUCAAGAUAUAGAUGAGUGUUUUUUUGAGCGGACAUGUGAUCACACGUGUGUGAACUCCCCCGGUGGUUUUCAGUGUCUGUGCAACAAAGGCUACACCAUGUAUGGACUGGCCCACUGCGGAGAUAUAAAUGAAUGCAGUGUGAACAAUGGCGGUUGUGAACAGGGGUGUGAGAACACCAUGGGUGGAUUUGAAUGCUUUUGCCAUUCUGGCUAUAAACUACACUGGAACAAAAAGGACUGCAUUGAGGCUGAGGGUUUACCACCUGCAAAACCCCCCUCUAAGCCCACCUUGAACUGUAGUAAGCAGGAGGGAGGGGACCGCUGCUUCCUGACAUGCCAGUCCCAAGUUCAUAUCAGCAGUGGGACGGAGGAUUCCUACACGGUGACCUGUGGAAUGCCUCUGCCCUGCUUGGCUGACGCACAAAAGAACAACAGUGGCUUGUAUUGCUUAGGCAAUGUUCCACGUAUUAAGACCACAGCCACUUUUAAGUCUGGCACUGCGAAGUGCAACUUAAAACGAAGUCAGGAGAAACUCAAGGAGAGCUUAAACUCAGCACGCUCAGAUAGCAGGUUCCUCUUCACUGAAAAUGUCCAGUUCAGCUAUGUGAGCCUGCGCUGCACCUCGUCCGGACAGCGAACGCGCAGCCGCCACGGCAGGAAAGCUGGCGAGGAGGAUGGCUCCUCGAUUACAGCUGAGUUUGAGCUGGAUGUGAACCUAGAGGAGGUAACAGCAGAGAGCUGCGACCUGAACUGUGUGCGCCGACGCUCAGAAAAGAGGCUGAGGAAGACCAUCAGGACCCUGAGGAAGUCCAUCAACCGGGAACAGUUCCACCUCCACUUUGCCGGGUCUGACUACGAGCUAUCCAAGAAUCCGGACCAGCCGGCAGAGCUGGCAGGACACUGCGUGGGAGGACAGGUGCUGGUGGGCAGGAAAUGUGUGAGCUGCAGUGUUGGGACUUACUACAACGGGGAUCAGGGAAGGUGUGUGUUGUGUCCAGCUGGGACGUAUCAGGACGAGGAGGGACAGAUGUCUUGUGAGGUCUGUCCUGGACCUGAAGGAAGAGAAGUCUCCAAGGUGGUUGGAGCUCGAAACAUGUCAGAGUGUGGAGGUCAGUGUUCCCCAGGUCAGUACUCUCAUGACGGCUUCAUCCCCUGCCUGCCCUGUCCAUUGGGAACGUACCAGCCAGAGGUGGGCCGCACCUCCUGCUUCCCUUGUGGAGGGAACCUGGUCACCAAGCGCAGUGGUGCUGUUACUUUUCAGGAGUGUGAGACCAAAGUCCAGUGCUCUCCAGGACAUUACUACAACACCAGCACACACCGCUGCAUCCGCUGUCCAAUGGGCACAUAUCAAGGGGAGUUUGGCCAGAACUACUGUGUGGCCUGUCCUGGAAAUACCACCACCGACUUUGAUGGCUCAACUAACAUCAUGCAAUGCAAAAACCGACGAUGUGGAGGAGAGCUGGGAGAUUUUACUGGUUACAUCGAGUCCCCCAACUACCCGGGGAACUAUCCAGCCAAUAUUGAAUGCACUUGGACCAUCAACCCACCACCCAAACGCCGGAUCCUUAUUGUUGUCCCAGAAAUCUACCUGCCUAUUGAGGAUGAGUGCGGAGACUACUUAGUAAUGAGAAAAAGCUCUCUGUCCAACUCUGUGACAACCUACGAGACUUGUCAAACGUACGAACGUCCCAUCGCUUUCACGUCCCGCUCCAAGAGGCUUUGGAUCCAGUUUAGGUCCAACGAGGGAAACAGCGGGAAAGGCUUCCAGGUCCCAUAUGUGACAUAUGAUGAGGACUACCAAGAAUUAAUAGAAGACAUAGUCAGAGAUGGAAGAUUAUAUGCUUCAGAGAAUCACCAGGAAAUUCUCAAGGACAAGAAGCUCAUGAAGGCGUUGUUUGACGUGCUGGCUCACCCACAGAACUUCUUCAACUAUACAGCUCAAGAAUCAAGAGAAAUGUUCCCUAAAUCCUUCAUCCGCUUCCUGCGUUCCAAAGUCCUGAGAUUCCUUCGCCCUUAAGAAGGAUUCCCACAGGGUUUCUGGAUUUUUCUUGAUAAACUUAGAGUAGAUACUGGCCACAGUAUCUGUUUUUUCCACUGACCUCUGUAAGAGUAUUCUGUAGUAACCUGUUGGAGUGAUACUAGAGUGGACCACACACUUGAUAAAACUGAUCCUGAGGGGGAAGUGGACAAGUCAAGCAAGUGAACUUUUAACUGGAGCUUUAAGGGGGAGAAUAUGACCAGUGAAGUGGUACAGAGCGUAGAUUUUCAUGGGCAUCAUCAGAAAGGAAUCACAAUCCCUUUGUUUGGAAAUUUGGAAAUGUGUUUAAUUACCAACAGAAGAUUUGUAACGACUUUAUACCCUCCUUUAGAUUUUAAAGUUACCAUCUCAGGAUUUAAAUCCAAACUACAAGUCUGUGUUUUUCAAUAAUGCUAAACUGUACAUGCCAACAUUAUGAGACUUUUGCUAAUAGCAUUAUGAUAUUAAAAAAACAAAACAAUACGGUAGCUAAACAGAUGUACACUGUCAGUGAUACUGUAUCUAGUUUUAACAUAGGCUACUUUCACAGGUAGAGAUGAGUUGUUGACAGAAAUACUGCUAAAUGUCAGAAACAAAUAUAGCACAAAUGUUUUCUUGGGAAAAUUAGCACUACUAAAGAAGUAGUGGCACCACAAAAGCAAUUAUUCUGAUGAAUCUUUUGUAUAUGAUGUAAAAAGUUUUAGGUGAAACGCUAUUGUAAUGUAGCAACUACAUACAUUUUGACAGUAUAGCGUUGCUGCAAUUGCUGGCAGCCCAUGUAUUUGAUAUUCCAUGGUGUCUGAAUGAAUGCUACUGUCCUGAAAAACCUUCACUUUCCAAAAAAAAAAAAAAAAA